AUGUCCAACCCAGAUCUGAUUGACCAGUGCAAAAGAAAAGGUUUUCUUCAAUGGGUCAAAGAGGAAGAAGGUGAAGAUAAGCCACAAGAUCAACAGAUUAGCAUUCGGGGACUACUUUCCUGGUGUAAUAAAUCCUUUGGAUGGAGUGCUAUGGUUCUAGCUGUGGUUGACCUCGCUUCUAUGCGGGAUGCAAUGAAGAACCUUGGCAGUGACCCUGACAAGAUCAAUCCCUUGCUCAUCGAGAUGAAGAUGAUGUGGAGGACCACAGUGCCGCCAAGAGAGCUCCGCGGGCAGAAGAGCACCGCAGUUCUCACAGCCCUACCGCUGUGCACAGCGUUGCCUGCAGAUAGCGCUGUUGCGUAUAGUAGCGAUGACUUAUUGAUGUGCCUAGCCACUGCUUAUAGCGGCAAUGGUGCAACGCUGCCUGCAGGAGACUUCAGUCGGCGCUGUGUCGUAAACAUGUGUGCAGCGCGGUGUUGGACGCCACCACCAGGCAUCACUUUCCACCAGCCACCAUUGGUAGAAUCACCUCCCAAGCACAACUCCAUCGAUGGAGGCCAUGAAUUCAUAACCGAUGAAAACAACGGUUCAAAUCUUGUCAAGCUUCUCAACCUUGACAAUAUGGUUGGUCUUGGCAAUGGCGUUCCACACCCGCACUUGAAUCUCGUGAAGCCUGGGGACUUCUGA